CAUUCACAUAUGUCACUUCCUGUUUAAACAUGGCUGCGCACUGACAAAUGUGACAUUACUUCAUCUGCUGAGACAUAUAUGAAACAACGUUAAUAAUAUCAUCUGUUCCAGCGAAUAUAAAACAGGGAAGAUUCUGCUUUACUUCGUUCAACGUCCUGAAAGGAUUAUUCAGCUAGCAUCAUGGUCCAUCUAUCAUCACACCUGCUGAAGAAGUACCACGGGGGGUACGUUGUCAUCCGAUUUGCUCUUGCAGGCCACAAACAAGCAAACAGACCCUUUUAUCGCAUUGUGGCAGCAUUCAAUAAAAGGGCAAGAGAUGGUAAAUAUAUAGAACAACUGGGCUCAUAUGACCCCCUGCCAAACAUCUACAACGAGAAACUUGUCAGCUUCAACUACGACCGAAUCAAGUACUGGAUCGGCUGUGGCGCACAUCCCACAAAGCCAGUGGCCAAACUUCUAGGGUUGGCAGGGUUCUUCCCUCUGCAUCCCAUGACGAUAACUGAGGCCGAGCGUCGCAGAGCCCAAAUGGAGCCAACAGACACAGUGACAGAAUCAGAGGAAGGUCCGGAGGAAGGACAGAAGCAGGCUGAAGUGUGAGACUUACAGCUGGGGACUGUGUGUCACUGUCCAGGACAAAAGGAUCAGUCACAGUUAUUUGGAAUGAGAACUGAUCAAUUUGUUUCCUGACUCGUUGGAUGGACCUCUUGUAGCAACUUCAGAUAUUGCAUAUUGUACAGUAGUUCUUGUUUCUUCAAUGGUCUCUGUGAACUAUUCAUAUUAAAAGUGAUGUUUCAUAAAAUUCAAAAGGUUCGGGUUAUGUUUAUUAGUGUGGAGUGUUAUAACAGUCAUUUGUUUGUAUUUACUGACUUAUGUGACUUCAUUUAAGUAUUUCAAUAUUAUUGCAUUUUUGAGUUGAGGUGCCAUUGAGGUGUCAUUUAUCAUUAAAUGGAUGAUAGAUGAAGAAUGCAAAGAAA